AUGGAUCACUUCGCAGAGAUCAGCAUGCCUACCGUGGCCAUUGCCUCGGCUUUUUCUGUGGCUAUGGCAGCGUAUUUGGACGCGAAGUUCUCCCUCUCCACCGAUGUAUCUGCCCUCCUAAGUCGCCGAUCAUAUGCAAAGCGUAUCGCGGAUCAUGUUGCUCAGCUAGGCGAUGUUGCGACCAUAUAUAGAAUGCUCGAGAGAGUGCUUGAGCAAGGAGAAGGCGAAACCGAGGCGCUGUGGUUCGAACGAAAGAUUUGGUCCUACGCUCAUUUAAAAGACUCAGUGGUUGAUCGGUUCGCGGCUGUGCUUCAAGUUCGGGGCAUCAAGUCGGAAGACUUCGUCGGUGUCUUCACCACCAACUCGCCAGAGAUGGUGGUGACGCUGUAUGCACUUGCGAAGCUGGACGAUACAUUCCUCCAUUGCCUUGGGGUAUCUCGCGCGACAUCAAUUAUAUCCACCCCAGACAUAUCGGGGUUUGUCAGCACAGACCUACCACAAAUAUCGCUAAACUUGGGCUCUUUCGAAGACAGCAGCAGCCCGGUAGAUCUCAUCACGCAUUCAGACCUACAACAAGUAUCCCCUACAGGAUUGCAACUUGGACCGGCCAAGCGCACGCCCAGAGACUUAGCGGCUCUGAUCUAUACAUCAGGAACAACCGGGAAGCCCAAAGCCUGCGCCGUCCGAAACUCCCUCGCGAUUGCAACAGCAACACCACUGACCUCAGAUGCCAACAACCCAUCCAAGUACCGUCCCCCUUCGAACCUAUUCCUCCCUCCCACUCUUCCACGGCACCGCAUUCUUCACAGGACUCUGCUACUCCGCACACUUUGCCUCCGACGCAAGUUCUCCGCCUCGCAAUUCUGGAAAGACGUGCACGACUCUCGCGCAACGCGGAUCCUCUACAUCGGGGAGCUUUGCCGGUACCUCCUCGCCACGCCGCCUUCGCCCUAUGACCGGAACCACAACUGCAUUGUGGCCUCUGGAAAUGGACUCCGGGCCGAGAUCUGGGAGCGCUUCAAGACCCGGUUCAAUGUCCCGGAGAUCCGCGAGUUCUAUCGCUCGACGGAGGGAGUGGCCAAGUUCGAUAACCAUGGCGUUGGGGUGUGGGGGGCGGGCAAGGUGGGGUUUGCGGGGCCGCUGGCGAGGGCAUUGGAGAAAGACAAUGUCCUCGUGAAGUAUGACCCGGACACGGAGAUGCCAUGGCGGGAUCCGGCGACAGGCUUCUGUGUGCGUGCUCGGUUGGGCGAGGAAGGGGAGGCGAUUGGACGCGUGCAUGAUAUUCACUCGUUGACGGAGUAUCUGCAUAAUGAGGAGGCUACGCAGAAGAAGCUUCUUCGGGAUGUCUUCGAGAAGGGUGACGUGUUCCAGCGGACGGGUGAUCUGUUGGUGCAGGAUGAGUCUGGUUGGAUCAAGUUCCAGGAUCGAAUGGGCGAUACCUUCCGGUGGAAGGGUGAGAAUGUCAGUGCGGGUGAGAUUCGGGACCACAUCUGCCGUAUCGAAGGGGUCCAUGAUGCGGUCGUGUACGGUGUCAAAUUGGACGGAUAUGAUGGACAAGCUGGCGCUGCCGCAAUUACUCUGGAAGAUCAAUCUGCGGCCUCUCAAUCCGCCUUCAUAUCGAAGCUCUAUGGCGAGCUCAAGGCGAAAGGAGUGCCGUCUUAUGCAUUCCCACGCCUGAAUGCAUAUGUUAAUGUUAUCAACAGGGUGUCUACGGGCGUAACCUUCAAACAGGCGAAGGGGGAUUUGGUGAAAAGAAAGUGGGUUCCUGGAAAGAAUCAGACUGACGGUCUAUAUUGGCUCAAUGGAACUCGAUACGAGCGGUUGGACCUCCCGAGUUGGAGCCAAAUUGAGCAAGGAAGGGCAAAGCUGUGA